AAACUUUUUUCCGAGUUUUAGUUUUCACCCCCUCUGUAUAUGUAGUACUCCACCCAACUGUUUGCAGAUAUAUACGUGAUCAUAUACAUAUAUAAAUAACUAUGUUAAUUUUCCCUUCAUUUUUUACCAGACUAGGCAUUGAAUUUAUUUUUUUGGUUGGGUACCCUAAGAAAAAGCAAAAAGAUAUUUGGAAAAAGAAAAGAUAGGUUAAUUUGCCCUAGCCCACCACCCAUAUAAUUCCCACUCAUUAUGUUUGUUGCUUAAAGCUUGCCCCCUUCUCUCACUUCCCUUAUCCCCUCAUUCUACCUUUUCUCUCUCUCUCUCUCUCUCUCUCCUAAAAUCUUCCAAAAAAGAAGCCUAGCGAGAUAAUUAAUAAAAGAAAAAAAAAGGGAGAGUCCCACAAAAUGAGUGAAACUGAGGGUCAUCUACAGAUAGAUGGUACUAGACUAGUAUAAUAUUUGUUGAUGAUGAAUGGCGGCAACGGAAACCCUAUGCAAAAACCUAAUUUUCCUUUACAGCUCUUAGAGAAAAGAGACGACUAUGAUUCCGACAAGAUUAAGCCUCCGCCCAAGCGAGCCUCCACCAAGGACCGCCACACCAAGGUGGACGGCCGCGGCCGUCGUAUCCGGAUGCCCGCCACCUGCGCAGCUAGGGUUUUCCAGCUCACCAAGGAAUUAGGCCAUAAAUCCGACGGCGAAACCAUCGAGUGGCUGCUGCAGCAGGCCGAGCCCUCCGUCAUCGCCGCCACCGGCACCGGCACCAUCCCCGCCAAUUUCACCUCGCUUAAUAUCUCCGUCAGAAGCUCCGGCUCCACCUUCUCCGUUCCCUCGCAUUUGAGCCUCAGCAACACCGCCUAUUUUGGGGAUUCUCCGCAACGGAGGGUUUUCUUUCACGGCGGUGGCUUGUCUGAGAAUGCCAUGACCUUUCUAACUAAGCAGGAAUCGGAGCCCACCGCCACCGCGGGGCGGAAGCGCCCGCCGGAGGACGAUCUCAGGGCGGCGCUCCAAAAUCAGAUGGGGAAUUAUAUGAUGCAGUCGAGCUCAGGGUCUAUUCCGGCGAGCCAGAGUCAGCCUUUUCUCGCUACGCCCAAUUCAGGCAGUGGUGAGUCUCUGUGGCCGAUCGCCAACUCUGGCAUGUACAGAGGGAGCUCGGCGGCGCCCACCGGUGGACUGCAUUUUAUGAAUUUUCCGACGGCCAUGUCGCAUGCUGGAGGUGGUGAAGGCCAUUUAGGCAUGCUGGCGGCGCUUAAUGCCUUUAGGUAUACGCCUGGCGGCGGAGGAGCGGAGGCUCAGGGAAACGGGUACGACGCCGCCGGCGAUGACCGCCAUAUUGCAAGCAGUAGUCACACCUGAUUUCGAGUUCAUCAAUUUCUUUCAUAUUUGAAUCUCUCUAUAUAUGUAUGUAUGUGUUACAUAGUAGUGGUUACUUUGAGAUAUUAGCUUAGUUCUGCUAGGGUUUCAUCUUCUUCCUCUUCAAUUUGAUUGCGUGAAUAUCGAGUUUGAUUUGUUUGCUUUUUUUACGCUA